CCGCCGCUCAACGAGCCGGCCGGGUCCCCCCCUUGCAAAAAGCAUGGAAACCCACAAGCCGCGGCUUUUCAAACGCGCCGCUUCCCCGGGCGGUCGGAUUUGCUCCCCGCCGCCGGGCUUGACGUCAGCGGGCCCCUGCUGCCCUGACAGCAGCCCCCCGACCGCCGCCGCCGCCGCCGCCUGCAAACCGAUCGCCUCCGUUUCGUCCGGCCUUCCGACAGCCCCGCCGCCGGGCAACGCCGUUUACACGGUGCUGGUGGAAGAAGAUCCGGCGUCGCUCCGGAGGAGGAGAGCCCGGCGCAGGAGCUGCGAGGACGGCGCCGGCCGGAGACCCGCCGCCGCUGCCGCCGGCCGUGGUGGUGGCGGCUGCUGCUGCGCCCGAAGCAAAGUCCAGUUUUUGCAAAAGAGUUCCAAUCAUUGUAAUGGCAAAGCGUUUCCAGCAGAGUUGGAGCCCGCGAAUGGCCACCUGAGGCUCACCUCGAAUCCUGUGGUGCUUAAACAGCAGGUGGAAGAAGUGACGGCUCUGCGACUCCUGGAUGAGACCCCCCUGCACCAUUCGGCCUACAUCCCGGUGCCCCGGCAGAGAAAGCCAACGGAGAAGGCAGGAAUUGACGAAGUCAUGGCGGCCGCGGUCCUCACCAGCCUGUCUACGAGUCCCGUGGUGCUGGGCCAUCAGCCCAAUGGCUUCAGCGCAGAAAUGAACUGUGACGGGUGGAAAGAAGCUCCCCUUAGGUCUUCCAGCUGCUCCAGCAGCAACCACAGCGGAGACGGGAGCUGGGAUCCCCCGAGCGACCUUUCCACCCCCUCCACCCCUUCGCCGCCCCUGACCGCCGACAUCACGACCAGCAUCCUGUCUUCCCUGCAGUCCGACCUGGAGGAGACGGAAGCCACCCAGUUUCUCUUUGGGGAACCCGUGCCCAGGAAGAGGAAGAACUCCACAAAAGUGAUGUUCAAGUGUUUGUGGAAGAGCUGUGGGAAAGUUCUCAGCAGUUCCUCAGGGAUGCAGAAGCACAUCCGAGCCAUUCACCUGGGGAGGAAGGCUGACCUGGAUCAGAGUGAUGGAGAGGAAGACUUUUAUUACACCGAGCUGGACGUCAACGUGGAUUCUUUGACCGACGGUCUCUCCAGCCUGACCCCCGUCUCCCCAACCUCCCCGGUGCCCCCUCCCUUUCCAGUCCUGGAGGAGGUCCAGAAAGUUCUGCCUAUUCCACUCAACCCCAAGGUUUCCGUGGUGUCUCACCUGAGCCAAUCGGCACCCUUAAACCUCCUGAGCCAUUCGGCACCUACCGGCUUGGGACACAUCCAAACCGAUCAUGCCUAUCAGGCGAUGGGUCCUACCGGGGUGCUGGCGGAUCUGAAGGCUCCCCCAGCUGGGAUGGAAAUCAGCAUAUCGUGGCAGCAACCAGCCCUUUUCCCACCACCUCUGCCCCCCGUCCUCUUCAAAAGCCCCUCGAGCUGCCUGACUCCCAUCCGACCUGCCGAUUCGGAAGAGAAACGCCUGCAAGGCCCCCCUGUAUCAGUUGCCAAAGGACAACCCUUAUUGCCCUCUUCCGUGCCAAAGCCUGCAGCAGGCACCAGGAAGCCGCGUGGCGAAGCCAAGAAAUGCCGUAAAGUCUACGGGAUGGAGAACCGCAGCAUGUGGUGCACGGCCUGUCGCUGGAAGAAAGCCUGCCAGCGGUUCGUCGAUUGAGCUCGGGGUGGGCAGGAAGGGGAAUCUUCGGCCGCCCUUGGCCUCUCUGUCUGCGUUGCGCGAUUUGCACUUUUGGUGCCUUCCAGCCUGAUCUCUCCUUGCACCGUCUGCCCCCCCCACCCUUGCCCUGACCCACCUGUCCACUCGCCCCCUUCUCCAAGCUGGGGGGGGGACGCUCUUUCCCAAUUGUGCCUUGGCUCAGGAAACCGGAGUUUCUGGGAUGAACGGAGUCGGAGGGGGGGUACCCCUUUGCAAAAGGAAGACAAGAGCAUGCCUCGCCGACUCCGGCCGGCCGAAGUGUCAUCGGGGGAGGGGGGGUGUCUUCUAGAUCCUUCUGGACAGCCUCUCUCUUCAUCCAGGGAUACCUGCCGAUCCAAGCCCCUCCGUCGGAUUUACCCGCGUCCAUCCACACAUGUGAAAAUUUAAGCCAUUGCUUGUCUUUUUGAUGGUGUUUAUUUUUAUUGUUUUCUUACUUCUGAAAUAAGCUAUGUCUCUCGUCCCCCUUUUUCCUUCACCUGCCACUACGGAUCUCCCAACCCUUGUUGAGGUUUGAGACGGCACGAGUUCCAGAAAGUUCUUCGGAGCGGAAUUUGUGAAAGCUUUGGACAUUUUUCGUUCUCUGGGAUGGGAGAGCCAAGCCUGACAGGUUGUGGGGGUUUUUUUGGAUACCUGUCCUGCAAUAUUUUUUUUUUUUUUCCUUUCUUGGUAAGCUUCGGCGUUAAGGACUUUGGAGCAGAAGACAAAAAACAGGCGUUGGAAGGAAAAGAAACGGUCUUUGCUUCCCCUUCACUUUCAUUUGCCGGCUGCAAGCAGGUUUCUCUAAAAACUGCUGUUUCCCCCUCGAUUUAAAUUCCGUUCGGAAGCCGAACGUCCGGCCAAAGAAAUGGCUGAAGGGGGGAAAAAAUACAAACCUGUCAGAACGUCAGAGAAACGUUAAAAGUUCUUUUUUUGCUUUCUGUUUCUUUCCAAUCUCGGGGAGUUUUCAGAUUUUUUUUUUUUUAAUUCCCUCCCUCCAUCCUCCCCCAAAAAUAUUCCCUUCCCAAAUGGUGCCUGCCAAAGAAAGGCUCGCUUUAUAGGAAAUGUUUUUCCUCUGCAAACCGUCUUGUGAAUGGAAAUGUUAAGUCUGUCGCAAGGAAUAAGCUAUGCGCCAAAAAAUGUAGCCUGACCAAUUUGCAACCUGGACUGAAUUUACAUCCAAGCCGACUCUUGACAGCAGGGAGAAAAAAAUUGCCGAUUUCCCUUAUGUGCAAUCCCAGGUUUUUGUUUUUGUUUUUUUAAAAAACACAUUUUACACAAUGGGGUGAUGGGAUGUUUCUGUCUGCUGUCAUAGCUUUUUCCCCGAUCUAAAACAGCAAAGAUAGAAUAUCGGCAAGAUUUCCCACUCUGCUCUUCCGUUCCCCUUAAAAGAAAAAAAAGGCCCAUAUUAAAAGUCAAUUUUGGAAUUAGGAUAUUUUUUUUUAAAAAAAGAAAGAAAAUCAGCCGUGGAGAAAGAUUAAUCAGUGUUGAACUUUGGAAGUGGGGUUAAGUUUUGUUUAAAGCCAUUUCUGUGGAUUUUGUGGCCCCUUGGAGGACUUUUGGGGAGUUUCGGAGUGGCGGGUUCAGCAUCCGGCAUGAAGUUUGCUGCUUUUGCUUUUAAAAGUCACCAGAGGGUGGCGCUGUGAGAUCAGUUGAAGUCUCUCUAGCAAAAUAUUUCUCAACUUUGGCCACUUUUAAGAUGGGUGGACUUCAACUCCCAGAAUUCCGCAGCCAGCAUGGCUGGCUGUGGAAUUCUGGGAGUUGAAGUCCACCCAUCUUAAGUCACAAAGGCUGAAAAACACUGCUCUAACCCAAUGUAUUUGGCUUUAAACGGGAUAUAUAUCCACGCAUCUCUCCACCCUUGCACAAAAUGAAUGCUAUAUAAGCCAGCCACCCUCAUAUUUUUAACGGUAGAGGCUCCUAAGAGAACGAUGCCUGGAAGUUUUACAAAUCUUGCACACCUAAAACCUCCUGCCUUGAUUCCCUUCCGUCUCCAUGGCUGUUUAGUGAGCUUGUCUCUAAAAAGGAAAACCUGAGCCACCGUGCCAGUUCUGCUCCGUCACCGAAUUCCACUUCCGUUUAACCUCACCAGUCAUAUUUCCAUGCACCUGUCUUUUACUUACGGCACCUUGUGACACCUGGAGAUGCUUUUUUUUUUUUUUAAUUAUCUUCUGCAAACAAUAACAACCAAAAGUCUUGUUUGUGUUUUUGGUGGAAAUACCCGAUUCGGAAGACCCGCAAACUGAAGAGAGGCUUUCCGAGACCAAACGGCCCCAGGAGAUCGGUCCCCGCUGCAACGAUCCUCGAGUGUUGGUGGCAAGCGUUGGAUUGUGUUCGGCAGCGUGCACUCGCCAGAAAUGAGACUGCGGGGAAAAAAGACCUCUCCGGAUUACUACUUCUUUGCACUAAUUGCAAACUGCACAGGGGUUUUUUUUAAAAAAACUUUUCCUGCCUCCCAAUUUUCUAUUCUGUCCCACUGAAGCCAAUAUUAGCCAGAUUGGUAUUUUAACCAUCGUGUUGAUUUCUGCGUGUGUCGGGUGGGGGUGGGGGAGAGACUAAACUUUCUGCUUCCAACGCACAACCUUGAUGUGUCUUCGGAGGACAGGUUUCCACGAAAGCAUUAAAACUUUUUAAAAACC